AAAGCCGAAGCCAAGCCGAACUACGACGAAGAUGAGACGAAAUUGGCCGAAGCUGUAUCAAACUUGAGCAGAAGCAUCUGCUAUGAAAUCUGCAGGAAGACCUCAGCGAUCACGAUAGUAUAUUAGCAAAAUAUCUUAAAAAGGAUUAUAAUGUCUUAACAUAUAUUAAAACGGCUUGUGUGAGUAGGUGUCUGUAAGAUGUCUAUGGUGCUGUUUGCCUCUGUGGUGAGAGUAAGGGACGGUCUACCACUCUCGGCCUCCACAGACUAUGAACAGGACAAAGGAUUUCAGGAGACUAAGAAACAUCUCAAGGGCCUGUCCAAAAAACUCAGCCAGUUUCCUGACCGCUGCUCACUCAGAUCUGGCCUUUACAACAUUAAUUUCACAAGCUCUCUUGGAGUCGGGUACUUGAUGGUUUGCACAGAAAACUAUCCCAAUGUCCUGGCCUUCAGCUUCCUGGACGAGCUUCAGAGAGAGUUCAUUGUCACGUAUGACACCAAGAGGAUCAACAGCGCUUUGAGGCCCUUCUCUUUCAUUGAGUUUGAUAACUUCAUUCGGAAAACCAAGCAACGUUACAACAGCCCACGUUCCCUCUCGACCAAGAUUAAUCUGGCCGACAUGCAGACUGAGAUCAAGCUCCGGCCUCCUUAUCAGCUGUCUGCGGAGGACAUCAGAUCAAUCAACGGCUUUUCACAACACGGGCAGUCUAAAUACAAAGGCAUAGCUCCUAAUCAAAUGUUGGAGGCCAUCACCCUGUCUGGUAUCGUCGCCUGCGUCCUAAGUGUCCUGUGUGGUGCUCUUAAUUUGCUGCGGGGAGUUCACGCAAUAGAAAGCGUAUUGCAGAACGAGGAUGAAGACUUUAAUUACGUAAUUGCUUUUUUCCUGGGAACCGCGGCCUGUUUGUAUCAGUGUUACUUGUUCGCCCACUUCUCAGUUUGGAGAAACAUCAAGUCAUUCCUGGCCUUUGCUAUGAUCUGCCUGUGUAACAUGUAUCUGUAUGAACUCCGUAACAUGUGGCAGAUCCUCUUUCAUGUGACGGUGGGAGCGUUCAUCACUCUGCAGAUCCACCUGAGACAACCGCAGGGCAAAUCACCUGACUACAACGUUUGACCCUCUUCAACUCUUUCAAGACUGCGUAACCUAGCCCAAUAUGGCAACCCCAACCUGUUCCCACCCCAUCUGAGGACAAAAGAACUGUGAAUUGUGAAACAGCUUUUAUUAAUUAUUUUGAUGUUGUUUAAGAAACGCUUCCUGCUGCUUCACAUCCAGUUGAGAAACUGAUGUUCUGAUUGAAGCAAAAGCUUCAUAACAGUAUGCAUGGAAUAUUAAAGAAAGCGUCAGCCAAUGAAUCAGAUGUGCACAAUUAAUAUAUUUUCCAAUAAGAAGGAGUUGUAGUUAUUUUUUGUUUUAAUUGACAUCAGGACUUAAAAAGACGGCUCACCCAAAAAUGAACAUUCAGUCAAGAUUUCUCAAAAAAAAGUUCACAGGGCUUUCCUCCAUACAAUAAACGUGGAUUGUAAACAGGGUCUGUCAAGUAUAUGUAUAUAUAUAUAUAUAUAUAUAUAUAUAUAUAUAUAUAUAUAUAUAUAUAUAUACACACAGUAGCUUAUAACUCUUAAAUGAUGACUGAAAACCCUAGGCACUGUUGCACUUUAACUUAAAGGAACAGACCAAAAUAUAAAUUAGUAUUCACUAGUGUAGUUCUUUUUCACUAGUUUAGUAGUUCUCUUGUUUGACAGUUGUGGUAAUUAUUCACAUUUUAUUGUGUUGAAAAGCAGCUUAUGCAUUCAUCUAAACAUCUUCAUUUCUGUUUCACGGAAUAAAGAAAUUAUUAAAAUUUUCAUUUUUGGGUGAACAAUACCUUGGUCCUUUACGAUGUAAUUUUAGAUUUUUUUUUUGACAAUGCAAGAUUGUUUUUCUAUUUUGAUUGUUAAAGCCAACUCAUAUGCAAGACUAUUUUAUAGCUGCCUAUAUAUGAGAAAUGUAACAUUGCUGGAUUUUCACUGAUUUCCACAAACACAGACUUUGACGGUUUUAUUUUGUCAUAUGCUUUCAUAGAUGCCUAAUUUGAGUGUCACUGUGUUUGUUUGUGUCUGCUCUGAAAGCAUAAUCAGAUGCGUUAUUUAUCAAUCAUCUACGCUACCUGCAUUUGUGCUUCCUGUAAAUGAAUGUGGUCUGCUAAGAGUGAAAUGGAAUCACUCUAAUAUACAGACUCCAUCACCCCCAGUGUUUGCUGCCUUUGGACAAUGGGUCUUUUCAGUGACCAUGUUGAGCUGUAUGAAUGAGUUAUGUUUUAUUCUGUUUCUAUUCACCUGGCUUGUUUUCAUUGUGCAAAUGACAGGUUGAAUGCAUGAUUGACAGAUUAAGGGUCAAGGGGUUUCAAAAUUCUUCAGAAGAUGUACGUGCAUUUCUUUUUCUUUUUUCCCCAAAGUGUCAGUGAUCAAAGAUUGCAUCUGCAUCUUUGCAUUGCAGUGUACUUUGAUGCUCUCUCUCCAGCAGUAGUGCAUUGCCAUUGUGUGUUCGUACACAAACGAAAGGCCUUGUCCUGAAACCAUCAGUAAAAGCCUUGAAUUUGUAUGAA